CAGACGCGACACGCGAAUUUCGAGGGGGCCGUUAUUUUCCUGGAUGCGGUGUGUCGAGAAGAUGGCGAAAAAGCCAAGCAACUCUCCCUAAAGCCCAAAGGCAUCAUUCUUAGGGCAGCGCUAGGUCUCGAUCCUUCCCUUGAUGAUGUGCUAGAACCGCCAAUCCCCCCUACUAACCAGCUCGCAGCAUCUCCUGUCUCCCGCUGCACCGAGAAUCCUAUCCUUUAUAACCACCAUCCCCCAGCCCAUUCCCUCUCCUUUCUUCAUCCCCAUCGCGCCGUUCCCCAUUAUUUCUCUUGUUCCAUCUUAUUUCUUCCACCCAAUCCCACAAAAAAGCUCCAAUAUGAACUUCAAGGCUCUCUUUGCCACUGUUGCCCUUCUUGCGACCGCCUGGGCCGAAGAUCUUACCGUCAACUCUCCCGCUUCUGUGGUUGUCUGUCAGCCUGUCGCCCUCUCAUGGAGCGGUGGUACUGCUCCUUAUAUCGUCGCCGUUAUUCCCGGAGGCCAGUCGUCCGCCGCGGCUCUUGAGACCAUCUCUGACAGCGAGUCCGGUACCCAAGUGACUUGGAACGCCGAUAUUGAUGCCGGCACCUCCAUUACUUUCAAGAUCACCGAUGCUAGUGGCUCGAUCCAGUACUCAUCUCCCGUUACCAUCCAGGACGGCGACUCCUCUUGUGUCAGCAGCAGCAGUAGCAACAGCACCUCUGCUGCUAGCGGUUCGGAUUCUAGCGCCAGCUCGUCAGCCACCUCCAGCGCUGACUCAACUGGUGCUGCUGCUGGUGGCGCUGCUUCCGGCUCUUCUGCUGCUGCCUCUGACGCUUCCACUGCUGCUGCCUCUGGCUCUUCUACUGCUGCCGCCUCUGGCUCUUCUGACACUGCCUCCGCUUCAACAAGUGCUAGCGGUUCAUCUGCUGCAUCUUCUGCCGCCGACUCAACUGCCGCCGGUUCUUCUGGCUCUGCCGGGACCGCUUCGGGCUCCGGCACCGCUGCUGCUUCUGCCGCUGACAGCACGGCUUCUGAUUCUGCUGCAGUGCCUCUUGCCGUCCAGAUCCCUGCUGUUGGCCUUGCCGUCAUUGGUGGUCUUGCCGCUCUUCUUUAAAGAUGAAUAGGCCCAUUCAUUGCUUGGGAGGUUGAGAUUUGUAUCCUAUAUGUACGCGACAUGAUAAUAGAUUGACGAUUUACAAAACUUCCCGUUUUCCACACAUUCCCUGCAUGUUGCCUAUUAUCUAUGGACAUCCGAAGUUCAUGUGUAUGAAUUCAUUCUUUUAUUA